AUGAGAUAGAGAAGAUCCGUCCGCACACUUAGCUCUAUCAUCAUAUUUAUGAACACCAACCAAUCUGAAAUUUUUGUGGGACUGUGACUUGAAUAUACUGAAGCAGCACUGGAGUUGCGAGAAAAGCAUAAUCUGAAAAACUGGGUAGCCUUCCUUGUUCGUGACAACGUUACUGGCUUUAACUCUGCAUUCUACUCGCCCUUGUCUCUUCUACUUCUUCCGCUGCUACGGUUUCUUUUCGCCGAUUUCUUUGGCUGGUGUGCUAAGGACGUCGUUGUCAGAGAUUUAUUGAGAAGGCUGCUACACUAUUAUGGAGUCCUGCGAUUGCCUUGAGCCACAGAAUUGGCCCCUGGAUGGACUUCUCACGAAAUACCAGUACAUCUCGGAUAUUCUAAUAGCGUUUGCGUAUUUCUCGAUUCCUUUGGAACUGAUAUAUUUUGUUCAGAAGUCUGCAUUCUUCCCAUACAGAUGGGUUCUUAUCCAGUUCGGUGCUUUCAUUAUUCUUUGUGGAGCAUCUCACUUCGUAAGCCUGUGGACAUUCUUCCUGCCCUCUAAAGGUAUUGCUAUGGUCAUGGCAAUGGCUAAAGCCUUGUGUGCUAUUAUAUCCUGCGCCACAGCACUAAUGCUUGUUCACAUUAUCCCUGAUCUGAUGAGCGUCAAAACUCGGGAACGUCUUCUCAAGAUCAGGGCUGAAGAGCUUGAUAGAGAAAUGGGGCUUAUUCUUACUCAAGAAGAAGCUGGGAGGCAUGUCAGGAUGUUAACUCAUGAGAUCAGAAGCACGCUUGACAGGCAUACCAUUCUCAAGACCACUCUUGUGGAGUUGGGAAGAACUUUGGGCUUGGAGGAAUGUGCACUGUGGAUGCCCUCAAGAUGUGGUCUUCAUCUUCAACUUUCACACACAUUGAGUGGUGCACAUGUUAGCUCCUGCGUCCCGACAAACCUUCCUAUCGUUAAUGAAGUUUUCAAUAGCCCUCGAGCGAUGAGGGUUCCACACACAUGUCCCCUGGUCACUAUUAAACCUGUUGUUGGAAGAUACAGAUCACCUGAGGUGGUUGCUGUGAGAGUUCCUCUUUUGCAUCUCUCAGACUUUCCAAUCAAUAAUUGGCCAGAUCUUUCUGCAAAGAGAUAUGCCAUCAUGGUCUUGAUCCUCCCUACCGACACUGGUAGAAAAUGGCGAGAUCACGAAUUGGAACUUGUUGAUGUAGUAGCAGAUCAGGUGGCAGUAGCUCUUUCACAUGCUGCUAUAUUGGAGGAGUCUAUGAGAGCCAGGGAUCAACUCAUGGAACAGAAUGUUCAUUUAGAUUUGGCACGACGAGAAGCAGAAAUGGCAGGCCAUGCUCGGAAUGAUUUCCUUGCUGUCAUGAAUCAUGAGAUGAGGACGCCAACGCACGCGAUUAUGGCAUUGUCAUCGCUUCUCUUGGAGACUGAACUCACUUCUGAGCAGAGGAGCGUAAUAGAGACAACAUUGAAGAAUAGCAACAUGUUGGCAACACUUGUUAGCGACGUUAUAGAUCUUUCUAGGCUAGAAGAUGGUAGCCUUCAAUUAGAAUUGGGAAAAUUUAACCUUCAUGCGGUUCUGGAAGAGGUUAUUAACUUGAUAAAGCCAAUAGCAUCUGUGAAGAAAUUACUUGUGACUUUAACUCUGGACCCCGAUGUGCCUGUCUUUGCCAUUGGAGAUGAGAAACGUCUAAUGCAAACCCUUUUAAACGUUGUGGGUAAUGCUGUGAAAUUCACUAGACAGGGCUAUGUUUCUGUGAGAGCAUCUGUUGGGAAACCGAAAGUUUUGCAGGAUCGGCGACCUCCUGAAUUUUAUCCGGCAGCAAGUGAUGGUCAUCACUACGUUAUAAUACAGGUUAAGGACUCUGGAUGUGGCAUUUCGCCACAAGAUAUUCCUCAUAUUUUUUCCAAAUUUGCUGAGUCUCAAAGAGGACCAAGCAGUGGUGCAGGGCUUGGACUAGCCAUUUGUAAAAGAUUCGUGAAACUUAUGGAAGGUGACAUGUGGAUUGAGAGUGAAGGCAUAGGGAAAGGGACUACAAAUACGUUCAUGGUGAAGCUCGGGAUUUGUGGGAAUGCCAGCUGCAAACGGAGGCCAAGCAUAUGAUGAGCUCUUUUCCCGAUAGACUCGCUAUCAAACAAGUUUUUGAAACAAAGAACAGUAGCGUCGAACCAGGUGACACAUCCGAGAUUUUGUUUGUCCCAUUAAUAACAAAUUUGUCCCUGUCGCUUCGCCAUAUUAUGCAAAAGCAAAAUAAGCCAUUAUUGUCUCAUUAUCUCUUCGUUAUUUAUUAACGUAACUGUUACUCAUCCAGUUACAUGAUUGAAACCAGUUAUUACAUACUCCCUCCACUAUUUAUAAGCUUUCAAGUUUAGAAAGGAGUGUGAUACAUUUUAUAAGUUUCAAUUUAAAUUUAGCUUAACAUUUAAUGCA